AUGGUGUACACGUGGAAUAAGGGAAGAAAGUACAUAGUUCCUAUCAUGGUUCCUGUAAUUCUGUUGCCUAUCGUAGCAAUUAUAAGCCUUGUCACCUGCUUAUUUUUGUGGAGGACGCAGAGGCCACAGAACGAAGAAAAGCAGCCACAUCCCAGCUACUCCACUGAAGGCGAAGAUAUUGAGGGCGUCGACUCGAUGAUGAUUGACAUUUCAACACUAAGAGCUGCGACCGGCGAUUUUGCGGAGAGCAACAAGCUCGGGGAAGGAGGAUUCGGUGCGGUGUACAAGGGCAUGCUCCCAGAUGGCGAAGAGAUAGCAGUGAAGAGGAUGUCAAAGAGCUCAACACAAGGAGUAGAGGAGCUGAAGACUGAGCUGAUUUUGGUUGCGAAGCUCAGUCACAAGAACCUUGUCAGGCUCAUUGGUGUCUGCCUGGAGCAGCAGGAGAGGCUGCUAGUGUCAUCGGUCGUUCCUAACCAGAGCCUGGACCUCAUCCUGUUCGACGCUACGAAGCGCGAGCAGUUGAUCGAUUGGGGGAAAAGGUACAAUGUCAUUGACGGGAUCGCUCGAGGCCUGCAGUACCUCCAUGAAGAUUCCCAGCUCAAAGUAGUCCAUCGCGAUCUCAAAGCUAGCAACAUCCUUCUUGACAUGAACAUGAGACCCAAGAUCUCGGACUUUGGCCUCGCCAAGAUCUUCCUGCAAGACCAGACACAAGGCAUCACUAACCGUGUCGUUGGCACAUAUGGAUACAUGGCACCGGAGUACAUGAUGCGUGGGAACUAUUCAGUGAAAUCGGAUACGUUCAGCUUCGGGGUUAUGGUCUUGGAGAUCGUCACUGGGAGAAAGAACAACGACGAUGACGACGGCUCGAGGCAAUCGGACGAUCUCCUUACCAGAGUGUGGGAGCGCUGGAUGAGCGGGACAGUGCUGGAGGUGGUUGACCCUUGCAUGAAUGGCAGAUUCUCAGAGAAAGAGGUCCUCAAGUGCGUCCACAUAGGGCUUCUCUGCGUGCAAGGCAACCCAACGGACCGGCCUACGAUGUCUGUGGUGGUGAUGAUGCUCGGCGGCGAGACGUUCACUCUCCAUGUGCCGUCCAACCCGUCGGUCGGCUCAAAGACGAACGGUGCCAGUGCCGACUAG